ACAACUGUGGAAUUCAACUUUUAGAUAUCAACAAAACGACCCUCUAGAUAUGGCUCUAACUGAAGAGAGCAAUCGACGUCAUUUAUCUAGCGAUUCUGCUUCUAGAAAUUCCUCUUAUAAUCAUAUAAAUCAAAUUGAUGAAGGUGGUGAGCAAAAACGACGUUCUGCGAUAAAAAGAUAUGGAACUUAUGAAUUGAGUUGGCCUUCAUCCUCUGCUGAAAAUCUUAACACCAAUGAUGACAUUGUUGACUCCGCACAGGUUGCGAGAAAGUCUUUAAUGAGCUCGAAACAUUCUUCUUUAACGAGCUCGAAACAUUCUUCUAUACAAGAUACUCAUCGAACUUCUUCACUGACUCCGGAAGAUGUUCCUUCUAAUAUUGAUUCUUCAUUUAUUAUUAAAAAUGUUAUUCCUGCUCGUUCUUCGAUAAAUGUUGAGAAUCGUCACUCAAAUCAAGAUCAAUUAAAUAUUUCUUCUGAUAUAAAAGUUGAGUAUGAACGUAAACGUUCUCCUCCGUCUCCCCCACCGCCAAUUAUAUCUCAAAUUCCUCCUCCUGUUCCUCAACCUCAAGAUAAAAAUCAUGUUUCCUUUAAUUUCAAAAAUGACUCUUCACAAAAAUUUCCUAUUAUUCAGGAUCAAUUUCUACAAAAACAAAAAAACCGCAUUUCAAUAGAAUCUUCAUUUAUUGAUCCAAGAUUAUUGGCAAAAAAGAAUCAUCAUCUUGUCAAAACUCAAUCAAUAAAUCGUAAAUUGGUUAAACGUGGUCAAAGCUUCAGAAGAAAUAAAAUUCCCCCUCGAAAUAUGGAAUUUGCUCCUACCUCUAAUCCAAUAUUUUCUAAUGAUCCCACUGAUAUGGAUGCUGAUCUACCUCCACUUAAAUCUUAUGAUUUCCCUUGGUUACCUGGUCCUUCUAAGCCUCCUCAAUUACUUCAUGCUUCUUUAGUCCCUCUUCCAAAUCGUUCUCAACGUACCAUUGCUUCUUCUAAUAUUAAUCGUACCUCUUAUAUUUCAUCUAAUAAACCUGGUCGUGUUUCAAAUUUACUCUCAUCUGUUAAUGUUAAACGAAAUUCUCUUAAUUUUACUGCCAAUCAAAGUCGAUUAACUCGCGCCAAUUCUUCUCGAAAACGUGCUUCAAUUAUGGUCCCUCAAGCAAGGCGCGCUUCAUUAAUAUUUAGGCAACAAAUAUUAGAAGAGAGCUUAAUGAUGUCAUUUGGUCAAUCAUGUCCUACAAAUUCUCAGCCCACCACUACAACAAAACCUUUAAUACGUAAAAAAACGAAAAAAGAAGAACCUUUGGAAAUUUCAUCGGAAAAUAAUUUGAUUAAUCAUCAAGUAGAUGUAAAAAAUAGACCUAUAGAAAAUUCGGAUUUAUUAUCUGAUAAAGAAAAUAUUAUAGAUACUCAAUCUUCUCCAAUAUCUCCAAGAUCUCCUUUGACCACCACAAAUAAUAUAAAAGGAGAUUUUUCUUCUUUAUUUUCUUCUUUACCGGAUAAAAGAUAUCCAAAGACUGAUGAAAAUUUAAAUUUAAUAAUGUCAUCUGUUGAUCAAUCACCUUUUCCCGCUCACCUUUCACAAUCCAAGUUUGAACAAAAAUCUAAUGGAGAAACUUCUAGGAAAUUACAAUCCCAACGUUCUCCUCCACCCGGCGGAUUAUUUAAUAAUCAACCUUCAGGUUCUCAAUUAAAUCAAUCAGGAAUAUCAAAUAUAUCACCACCCAUACCUAUAUCGCCACCUAUAUCUUUAUCUUCAUUAUCACCACAAUCGACAAAACAGCAAUUUAUGUCGUAUCCACGACCUCCAUCACCGCCGAUCAACUCACCGCCACAAUCACCGCCAUUGAGUCCUUCACGUGUAAUAAGAUUAGUUAAAACACGACGUGCUAAUGAUACGACAUCAACUAUUCAAGAUCCUGAAAAGUUGAGAAAAAUGGAACAAUUCGAGGCUUUGAUUGCAAGUACAGAAGCGCAAAAUAAUAAAAAAUCCAAGACCGGAAAAAUACGAGCGCUUACUACAGCAAUAAUUCCCGCAACAUCAAGUUCGACUCCAGAUAAAGAAUCUAAUACUAGGUCAUCCUGCACUUCUUUAACUAAUUCGGUCGCUGAAUCCGUUCAUUAUCGACCGGAAGAAAAGGAUUCACUUGGAAAACCUGGGCCAACUGAUGAGGAUGGCGUUAUUAGAGUCACAUUAACUCCCAAAGGGAUUUAUUAUAAAGAUGUGGAAGAAAAUGGCUAUAAUCUGCUAAUUAGACCUUAUAACUUUCCUUUGCCAAAAAAUAAAGAAAAGGAUUAUUUUCUGUUAAAAGAAAUUGCUUAUAUUUUUCGUGGUCCUUUUGGGUCAGACUUAAAAAAAGAAGAAUAUGUAAUUAGUGGUUCAUGA